ACCACACCACACCACUAGAGGGAGAGAGAGAGAGUAAAGGUUCAAUUUGUGUUGAUGGUGAUGGUGGAUGAUAUUACCCUGGAUGCUCACUAAUGGUUGAAGAAGCCACCAUCAUCGUGAGUAAGCUAGGUGGCGGCGGAUCUUCAAAUGCCGGAGUAGUAAAUCUCGCCAUCACCGCCCUCCUUGUAGUCGCUGCUGCUGCUGUUAUGUACUCCACUACUAGGUAGGUAACAAACAUACCUCAUCUUCAAACCCUAGAAAUUUCUCUCUUUUCUCCGCAAGUACAAGUUGUGGAUUGAUGAAAGCCCUUAGACGCAGUCAAACUUCCUCUGACUCGUCGUCUUCUUCUUCUUCGUCUUCGUGGGUUCAAUUGAGAUCUGUUCUAUUCGUAGCUGCUGCUUCCUCCUCCGAUCGGGGACGCCUAAAAUCACCAUGGUCACGUAGGAAAAGAAAACACGCACUCACUCCUCAGCAGUGGAAAAGCUUCUUUACACCAGAUGGAAAGCUUCGAGAUGGUGUUAAGUUUCUUAAAAAAGUUCGCAGUGGGGGAGUUGAUGCAAGUAUCAGGUCGGAGGUUUGGCCUUUCUUACUUGGAGUUUAUGAGUUGAAUAGUUGCAAAGAAGAAAGAGAUAAAUUAAGAACCCAAGGAAGAAAGAAUUACGAAAAGUUGCGGAGGCAAUGCAGGAAACUUUUGAGGUGCAAUACAGGUGAAAGCAUCAGCAAUGGGGAUAGUGAUGCAUUCAUCCAAGGCAUGGACUCUGCAGAAUCAGAGGAUGUUGUGAGCGCCAGGGAGUCCCUUUCUAGCGAGGAAAUAAAUUCCUCUCCCGUGUGUUCGGAUAAUCCUAUAGUAUUGGAAGAUAUUGGUGGUUCAACAAGAUUCAUAGAUCCAAACAUUUCCGACUCCGACUCAACUGGCUCAGACUCUUCUCAGGAUGCUGAAGUAAGCCAAACUUUCCCCUCCUCCUCAGAUAUCAAGGAGGAAAACGAAGAGUCAAGUGAAGUCCAGUCAAAGCUUCGAUUAACGGAGGAUUUCUCCACUUGGCAGCGGAUCAUCCGCCUUGAUGCAAUUCGUGCCAAUGGAGAUUGGAUCCCAUACUCCAAAACUCAGGCAGAUGUCUCUGAGGAACGCGCCCUGCGUUCUGCUGAGGCGGUGGGAUUAAAAGACUAUGAGCAUCUGGAAGCAUGCAGGAUCUUCCAUGCUUCACGGCUGGUUGCCAUUCUUGAGGCUUAUGCACUACACGAUCCUGAAAUAGGCUACUGCCAAGGGAUGAGUGAUUUACUGUCUCCGAUAAUCGCGGUGAUGACAGAGGAUCAUGAAGCGUUUUGGUGUUUUGUGGGGUUCAUGAGAAAGGCACGACACAACUUUAGGCUUGAUGAGACGGGGAUCAGAAGGCAGUUGAGCAGAGUGUCGAAAAUCAUAAAAUCUAAGGACUCCCAUUUGUAUAAGCACUUGGAGAAGGUGCAGGCGGAGGAUUGUUUCUUCGUGUACAGGAUGGUGGUGGUGCUGUUCAGGAGAGAGCUAAGUUUUGAACAGACGAUAUGUCUAUGGGAGGUGAUGUGGGCGGAUCAGGCGGCAAUCAGGGCGGGAAUAGGGAAGUCGGGAUGGAACAAGAUAAGGCAGAGGGCCCCGCCGACGGAGGAUCUGUUGCUGUACGCAAUAGCAGCGUCAGUGCUGCAGAGGAGGAAGCAGAUAAUAGAGAAGUACAGCAGCAUGGAUGAGAUUGUAAGGGAAUGCAAUAACAUGGCAGGACAACUGGAUGUGUGGAAGCUCUUAGAUGACGCCCAUGACUUGGUGGUUUCGGUUCAUGACAAGAUUGAGUGAGACGAGACCACAUCAUAAAUAGCCUCUGCUGCUGCUGCUGCUGCUAUUCACUUAUUGUAACUCUCUUUUCUUUUCUUUUCUUUUGGAUGCCCCCAACCUACCCUACCCUCAUCAGAACCUUCUAUCAGCCAGCCAUAUUUACUUUUUUUUUUUUUUUUUUUUUUUUUCCGUUUUGGUGGGGGGAGGACGAUUAUUAUUGUAGUUUCUUUCAAACACAUAACAAAAUUGAGGAUGAAUCAACAAACCCAAAAUUGAAUAUCAACUAUUAUUGUUUCUUG